AUGGCGUCAACCGAGCAGGUUGGAUUAAAUAAAAAUUGGGAAUUAUCGUUAUACGAACUCAAUAGAAUAUCACAAGAUGCAAUUACGGAUAAUACAGAGAUAGCUGUUAGUCCACGUAGUUUACACAGUGAACUCAUGUGUCCAAUUUGUUUGGAUAUGUUAAAAAAAACAAUGACAACAAAAGAGUGUCUACAUCGUUUUUGUUCUGAUUGUAUCAUUACAGCACUUCGUAGUGGUAAUAAGGAAUGUCCUACAUGUCGAAAAAAAUUGGUGUCAAAGAGAUCACUGAGGCCUGACCCAAAUUUUGAUCUUUUAAUAUCAAAGAUUUAUCCAAGUCGUGAUGAGUAUGAAGCUCAUCAAGAAAGAGUUCUUGCCAAAUUAAAUAAAUCACAUUCCCAAGCUGCACUUGUUAAUUCAAUAACGGAAGGUAUUAAACUACAAAGUCAAAACAGGCCACAAAGAUCCAGAAAAAAUGCUAAUGAAUCGGAAAACAGUAAUAACGCAACAGCUUAUAACAACACGUCGAAUGCUAGUGCACCAGCUACGCCAAAUUCUAGUGGUAAUGUCGCUAAUCAAAGUGAUUCCUCUCAGGGUGCUACUGCGUUAAAUAAUAAUAUUAAUAAUAAUAACAAUAAUAAUAUUAAUAAUAAUACGGGUGGGACAAAUUCGAAUUCAAUGAAUUGUAAUAAUAUAUCACAGCCAGCAAAUAGUCCAGCAGUUUCCGGGACAACAUCAAGGAAUUCAACAACACCAUCACCGAAUCCAGCUAAUCAAAUUCAAAAACCUCCAAAACGACAAAAAAGUUUACAAAAUUCUGAAAAUGAUUCUUCUAGUGCAGAAGCUGAAACUGGAGGAGGUGAUUCGAUGGUAGAUACUGAAGGUGAAGGGCCAAGUGAGCCUUUAAUGCUUAAUGAAAUAGAAUUAGUAUUUAAACCUCAUCCCACUGAAAUGGCUGGUGAUAAUUCUCUCAUCAAAGCUCUAAAAGAAAAUAGUAUCCGAUAUAUCAAAACCACAGCGAAUGCCACUGUUGAUCAUCUUAGCAAGUAUUUGGCAAUGCGGUUGACGCUAGACCUUGACACUGAAUUGUCGGAAUCAGACAGAUUGUUAAACUUCUGCAUUUAUAUAGCACCUUCACCUGGUCAGCUUGUAGUAUUAAGUGGUUCACAAACGCUACGCCAAGUAAAUGAUAAGUAUUGGCGAGUUAAUAGACCACUGGAAAUGUAUUAUUCAUGGAAGAAAACCUAGGGAAGGCCUCGUCAGCCUGUUUCAGACGCAAACUAGUCAUAAAAUGCGUCUAAAUGUAUAUUUCAAACUCUUGGUAAAUUAAUUUCAUGAAAGAUAUAUAAAUACCAUCGAAAAAUUGGAUGAAUUUUUUAAAUUAACUGACUUGGAUAAAUCUUCAUUUGAAUGGAUAUUUUUUAAUAGAAUCAAUUCGAUGGUGCAAUUAAUUAACAUUCAUGAUUUCUCUUUUUUAAUUUUUCUUAUAUUUAAACUUUAUUAAAACAGCAACAAUAUCCACUUAGAUUAAUAAUGAAAUUUUUUUUUGGAUUAUUGUUAAAUGCUGUUCUGUACAUAGUGCUUACAAAAAUCAUAUCGUGCUUAUUAGAAGUGUAUUGCAAUAAAAAUAAUUUGAAUUUAAGAAAUCAAAGUUAUGCAGAAUGAUACAUCCAGGUCCAUUGCCGAUGAAGUUUUAAUUUAUGGAUGAAUAUAAUAAUUCAUUGUAUUCUAAAAUGACAAUUUGUUUUUUUUAAAAAAAAGACAUAGACUUUAUUGUCGUAAAAAUUUAAUAUUGAAUGAUUGUAUGAAAUACAUAGUUUUACUUGAUAAUCAAGAUUUGGUAUGAUCAAAAAUUCUUUUUUUUAUAUUUCAUAAAAUGUUUGACAAAUUUUAAUAAUUUUAAUGUAUUUUU